GCGCUCAGUGUGGCCGCCCGCGGCCUCCGUCGCAGCUGACUCGCUGUCACAGACCGUGCGCUCCGCCCUGAGCCGGGGACACGGCGGCUGUUACGUAGCUGGGCGGCCCGGGAAGGGGUGUGGACAGAGGCCCAGGCAGGGGAGAGAGAGACGGAGGAGGAAGAUGGACAGAGCGGCUCCCAGCCAGCCCGAGUAGGAGAUUCCUGUAACGGACACACAGCGAGGGCAGCUCGCCCACCUAGGCCCGGGCACCAUGGACAUCAACGAGCAGAAUGGAAAAUUAUCUGCCGAAGUAGAACCAUUUGUUCCUCAGAAGAAGGGAGCCGAAACGAUCGCUAUGCCCAUGGCUGUACCUGGUGACAGUGGAGGUGUCGGUGGACUGGAAGCCACUCCCAUUCCAAGCUAUCUCAUAACAUGCUAUCCAUUUGUUCAAGAAAACCAGUCCAAUAGACAAUUUCAGCUUUAUAAUAAUGAUAUAAGGUGGCAACCAUCAAACUCAAAUCCUCCUGGUCCCUACCUUGCUUACCCUGUUCUACCUAGUCAGCCACCUGUGUCCACAGAUUAUAUGAUGUAUUAUCAGCUAAUGCCAGCACCCUGCGCUCAAGUCAUGGGAUUCUAUCACCCUUUUCCACCUACCUAUCCAACACCACUCCAAACCACCAAUGCUGUAAAUGCAGUAUCUGUAGACUGCAACGAUCGUGCAAGCCAGCAGGCUCAGAUCAGCAUGUUAUCCAGUCAGAGAAACCGAAGCAGCACAAGAGGACCACUUAUACAUAAACAACCACAACAGUCUCUGCCUCAAAUAAAAUGUAAGAGACCGCCAAUGAAAAGUGUGGCCGUACAGAAGGAAACCUGUGCAUCAGGCCCCGAUAUGAAAUCUAAAAUUGUCCUUUUAGUGGAUGCCUGUCAACAAACUGAUUUUCCCAGUGAAAUCGCCAAUAAGUCACUGUGUGAAAGCAUGGGUGCAGUUCCUUGGAAAUCCAAACCAAGGCGUAGACGGUCUUCACACCCUGCGGGCGAGUCCUCAAGUGAACAGGGAGCAAGUGAGGCUGACAUAGACAGUGACAGUGGGUACUGCAGUCCAAAGCAUUGCCAAGCAGCAGCAAUGUGUUCCAGGCACACAGACUGCACAGCACUCAAUAUAUCAGAUCCAGCAGCAUCUUCAGUUGGAGGAACUUGGGCCAGCGUUGCAUCCCAGGCUACACAGAAAAGGCCUUGGACUGAUAAGGGUCAAGCAUUUUCUAGAGGGGGAAGACCUGCUGAAUUACGAAAUAAUACUCAGCUUGGAUAUCGUUUGAGAGGGCAAAGCACAUCAUCAGAAAGGAGGCAGAAUAUUCAGAGGAAGAAUGACAGUAAGGCAGGAGCUACAAACCUGUUAAGCAGACCUGAGCAAAGCUCUGAGCAUCUUUAUUUCGAGGAUGAAGAUGAGUUUCCCGAGUUGAAUAGUAGCAGUGGAAGUACCAGAAAUGAAAACACCCAACCAAAGAUAGCUGCUAAAGUGUUGGAUGAUUUACCAGAAAAUUCACCAAUUAAUAUAGUCCAAACCCCAAUCCCCAUCACAACCUCUGUACCAAAGCGGGCUAAGAGUCAGAAGAAGAAGGCACUUGCGGCAGCUUUGGCCACAGCACAAGAAUAUUCCGAAAUUAGUAUGGAACAGAAAAAGCUCCAGGAAGCAUUAUCCAAGGCAUCGGGCAAGAAAAGCAAGACUCCAGUGCAGCUAGAUCUGGGAGACAUGCUGGCAGAGUUGGAGAGACAGCAGCAAGCAAUGAAAGCUCGUCAGAUUACAAACACCAGACCUUUAUCUUACACUGUUGGCAGCACUGUCCCAUUCCACACCAAAGACCAUGCAAGCAGAAAUGUGUUUGCAAAGGCCCAGUCACCAUUGUGUUCUCCUAACCCUUUGGAUUCCACUGCUCCCCGUGUUAAAAGAGGAAAAGAAAAAGAAGUUCCAAAACUGAAACGCCCUACUGCACUUAAGAAAAUUAUUCUAAAAGAAAGAGAAGAAAAAAAAGGGCGUUUAUCCGUGGAGCAAAGUAUUCUGGGGUCUGAUGAACAAAAGGAUGGUCCAUUAAACUUUGCAGAUGACCAAUCUGAAGAGCAAGUCUCUCAAGAAGAAGCAGGUCUAAGUGCACAAAGUGAUACCUCGCUUUCACCAGCAAGUCAAAACUCCCCUUAUUGCAUGACACCAGUAUCCCAGGGCUCACCAGCAAGUUCUGGCAUCGGCAGCCCAAUGGCGUCCUCAGCUAUUACCAAAAUUCACAGCAAAAGGUUUAGAGAGUAUUGCAAUCAAGUACUAAGCAAGGAAAUUGAUGAAUGUGUUACUGUGUUAUUACAAGAACUUGUCAGCUUCCAAGAGCGGGUUUACCAAAAAGACCCCAUGAAGGCAAAAUCAAAGAGGAGACUUGUUAUGGGUUUACGAGAAGUUACUAAACACAUGAAGUUAAACAAGAUAAAAUGUGUUAUUAUUUCUCCAAAUUGUGAAAAAAUUCAGUCAAAAGGUGGCCUCGAUGAAGCACUAUAUAAUGUAAUAGCCAUGGCCAGAGAACAAGAGAUCCCUUUUGUAUUUGCUCUUGGAAGAAAGGCACUUGGUCGCUGUGUGAAUAAAUUGGUACCUGUUAGUGUCGUGGGUAUAUUCAGCUAUUCAGGUGCAGAGACACUAUUUAACAAUUUGGUGUCGUUGACCGAGGAAGCUAGAAAAGCAUACAAAGAUAUGGUGGCAUCAAUGGAGCAAGAGCAGGCCGAGGAAGCUUUGAAGAAUGUUAAAAAGGUGCCUCACCAUAUGGGUCAUUCUAGAAAUCCUUCUGCAGCAAGUGCUAUUUCAUUCUGCAGUGUGAUCUCUGAGCCCAUCUCGGAGGUGAAUGAGAAGGAUUAUGAAACCAACUGGAGAAAUAUGGUGGAAACCUCAGAUGGAGUGGAAACCUCAGAAAAUGAAGAAUGCUCCAUCAAAACGUCGAUUUCUGAACAAACUUCAGGUGCUCCAUACGAUAAAGCCAACACCAAUAAACAACCAUCCUUGAAAUUGGCAAGCAAUACUACCUCAGUAGCAAACCCUGGGAAGUUGACUCCAGUUGACAAAGAAGAGGUAAAACCAGAUGACAAUCUGGAAAGGGCAUCUCAGCAGAGUACUGAAACUGGAUCUUGGGAUGGAAGUGGUAGAGAUGUUCUUAAUUCUUCUAUGACCAGUACAACCAGCACACUGGUUCCAGAAAUGCUUGAGGAUGAGGAUGAUGAUGAAGAUGAUGAGGAGGACGAUGGGUAUCACCAGGAGCCUAUUUCAGUGAGCAGAAUAGAGUCUUGGGUCUCCGAAGCUCAGAGAACUAUGGAAACCCUCCAGCUUGUGAAUUCACUGAACAGCCCAGAGGAAGAUAAUCUUGAACCAAGCGAAGAUGAUGAAGUGGAGGCUUCUGAACAAGCAGAAUCUGUUGACUGCAAGGAACGGACAGCUGAAAAACAUGCCAGGAAUGGAACUAAUGCUCAGAGUGGUAGAGGACCUUUAUUAAAAGAGAGCACUAACACCAGUUUUAUUUAAAAUGGAACAGAAACAAAACUCAGGAAUUGGUCCACUGACAUAAAACAUAACUAUUGGGAGAGUUGCAGCCAUUCCCAUAUAUGUUUCAUCUCAAUGUUUUGCACUGUUUAUUUGUUUAAUCUAUAUUUAAUUCCAAGUGGAUAAUAUUAUUUGUUGUGAAUUGUUCUCUUAAAUUUGUGUUGAUUAUUCUUUAGUCAAGCACUAAGAGAUAUUUCUAUGAAUGUUCUAGGUUUUAUGGUGUUCAUCUAAAUAUCACAUCUAGUAAUCAAAUGUUUCCCUGCUGGAAGGGUAACCAGCUAACAAUGACAUAUGUUUCAUACAGUUACAUGGUUUCUAUUUGUUAAUAGAUUUUUCUUUCAUACUCCGUCUUAGAAUGGAUGUGUUUUGUUCAUUCUAAGUCUUUAAGGGAACUUUCCAAGCAAAAUAACCGCUACAGCCUACUAUAAUGGUUAUGGUGGCAGACGUUUGCGGGUGGUCCUGGCACAAUCUGUCUAAAUGGUUUUAGUACAGUUUGACACUUUUCUGGAUCCUGUAGUACCCCAUGCUGCUCCCAGUCUUCUUGAGCUGGAGAAGCCGACUCUCAGAUUGUUCAAGGCAGGAACUCAUUCAUUGGCUGGGAAUGCUCAGCUGGCCACUGAAUGAACGCAAUGUGGCUUUUUCUUCUCUAAUGGACCAGAAGCCACACAGGUGUCUACGCUGUGCUCAGAUAAGUGUCAGACUGUACUAAGAAGGUUUGGCAGCUUACGUUGGGAUGUACUAGGGAACUGCUGGCAUCAUAAACACUAAGGCAGGCUGUAAUGGUUCUGGUACUUGGAGUGUUUCGUUAUAAUUUCCUGAUUCACAUCACCUAUUCAUCCUUAUUUUUCCUUAGUAGCUUUCGUUUCAGUCGUGUCCCUUUUGAUAUUUUGUGUUUGUAUAGUUAUGACAAUUCAUAUUUGUGCUUCACAAAUGAAAAGUCAUUGCCUUUUUAGCGUUCAUGUGUAAUUAUAGGAAUAGAAACCAAGAUAGACAUGAACAUAAAUAUUUCAAAAUUAAUUUCAUUUGUGCUGUUCUGUUCAUAUGUCAGUUCAAGUUAUGUUAAUUGCAAACCGUUGAUAGUGCUAAGGAUUUUUGUUGCCCAUCGUAGCCCCGUUACUUUUUUCAUUUAUUUAAUUUUCUUCUAUUCAAUUUUUCUGGGUAUGAAACUUGAAUUUACAGCG